GUCAGGUCAUCGGUGACGUUCACGCUCUCGAGUUUACAGUCUGUCAGGAAGGAAGAGACGUCUCGCGACCUUGUAGUGAAACAGUGUGCAGAAAUCUCUGAAAACAAAAUGUCGCUACAAGCAGCAGCUUCAGGUUUAACCAAACCCGCGUUCGUGUCCGGAUUCCGCGUCCCUAAAGAUCACCUGAUCAUCGCGGUUCCUGUUGCAGUGGCCGCGGCUGUAGGAACAUACCUUCUGAGCAGGUACUUCAGCAGUCGUAGCGACUCCAAAGGGAAGGUGAACCUGGAGAUCAACAAGGACAACGCCAAGGUGGUGCACAGCUUCGACAUCGAGGACAUCAGCAAGAAGGCCGUCUACUGCCGCUGCUGGAGGUCCAAGAAGUUCCCCUACUGCGAUGGCGCUCACACCAAACACAACGAGGAGACCGGAGACAACGUGGGUCCACUGAUCAUCAAGAGGAGAGACGCCUGAACGGCUCAUCACCACCCUGCUGUGUUUGAUUCACUGGGAAAAGGGUUUUGUGUGUGUGUGUGUGUAACAUCAUUACUGUAUCAGACAAUAUAAAGACUUAAAGAUAAAGAUGAAAUCCACUACUGUCAUCGUUCACACCAUAACACUAAGGUUGUGUGUCACUGGUGCAUUAAAAAACCGUUUCACACAAACCUGUUUCAGGCAGCCGUGUGAACCGAGACAUCACUUCCUGGCAAACCACAAGCACUUAACAGGUAUACAGACCGCAUUUCCUGUCGAUGUCUCUCGUACCGUGUCUGCCUUUUCAUUUAUAACAAGCUGUUUUUGAGUACAAUUGAAUGUUAGUCGAUUAGUAUGAGUUUUAAAGUAUUCCUAAUACAAGUUUUAUUCAUGAUUCAACGUCUCGGUGUUAAAGUGCAAGAUAUGGAGCUAUAGUAGUAGUAAAUAACGAUUCGUACUCAUCUCUAUACACGGCUUCUGUAGCACGUGCGUGUGUAAUCACCACGGAUAGGGAUUUGGACUCCCAACCCCCCCCCCAGGAUGCUGUCUGUGUUGCGUUUCCUGUGUUCUGCAUGUAUCUGUGUGUGUGCGGUUUCCACAGGGUUCUCUGGUUUUCAUCCGAGCUCCUGAAAUCCUGCAGGUAGGUGGAUUGAUUAAGAUAAAUUGCCCCCAAGUGUGUGAAUGGUGCGCUGCGACCGUCUUCCGUCCCGUUGAGGGUGUACAGUGUUCCCGCCUCACGUCCGGUGUACCCAGGAUCCAUCUCCAACUUUGGGAAUGCGUAAAGUAACUAUUAGGUGUCGACCGGUUAUUUCUCCUCUAGAGGUCGCUCUCUUACUGUAUAAUGACAGCAGACGCUUCCCUGCCACUCCCGCAAAGGACGCAACCGGGAAAAACUAUCCCGAUGUUUGCCAACAACCGAUUGCUGGAACGAUCAGUUAUUGGCAAAAAUCCACACCCAUGGUUUUUCCUGAUUAAUUUGCAAAAUUGAUCAAUCGGUUGCCCUCUAGUAUCCAUUAUCGCUUGUUACUGUAUUUCUCCAGCUUAUGAAGGUUGAUUAAAACUACAUAUUGAAAUUUUCGGUUUUGUCCAUUUUGUAGCAAGUGUGAGAAAAUGUUACGUCUGUGAUAUACAGUCGUACAUUUUAAACUUUUUUCAACAGCUCUGAGUGAGAUUUGAGUUUCUGUUCUUUUCUCAGGAAAGAGAAAUGCAUCCAUUUUCAUCUGUAGGAAUCACACGCACAUUACAGGUGCAGUGGUUAGGAGGUUAAGUUGAACAACAGUGGAGUAUCCCUGCAUUGGCAGUUGUUCCGUUGUUAUUUAUUUUACUCUAGAUAACUGUUCUGUCCUAAAACAGAUUUUCUGACAUCCUAAUCAAUAUGCGUAAGAAAAUGAUAUCCAAAAUACAUGACAGUACAAAUAUAUGAUUUAAAAAGUGUUAUAUGUACAGUGAACGAAACAAAAAAAAAAAUGGAGAGGAAAAGAGCUCGCUUGUGAUUGCUUACAGUAUUUGGGCAUUGUGAUGUCUAUUUUCUUGGAUGAACGAAGCAUAUAUUUGAAAUAAAAGUUGUUGAAAAUGGA